AUGUGGGGUCUCCUCCUCUGCUGCCUUGUGGCCCUGGCCACAUGCCAAAGUUCCCUAUAUGAAAUUAGCCUGAACCCUAAGAAGACCUAUGAAUACACAUAUAAGGGGAUGGUGAAUUUUGGCCUCGGCAUGCCAAACCAUGCUGAGUCCGGUGUGAGAAUGGCGUGCAAAAUCAAGCUCAUUGGUGUGUCCGAGCAAACAUUUGUCCUUCAGGUUUCAGAUUUGACCUUUGAGGACUUCAAUGGCUUCCCAAAGAAAAAUGACUUCACUGCUGCCCCAAAGCUCACCGAACGUAUCGCUGCCCAGCUCGCCAAACCCUUCAUGUUUGACUAUGUUGGCGGACACGUUGGCGACAUCCGCACUUCUGCUGAGGUUUCAGACACAGUUGUCAACCUUGUGAGGGGGAUGCUGAGUUUUUUCCAAGUCACAGUUAAGACCACACAGAAGAUCUAUGAGCUUGAAGAGCUUGGCAUCCAUGGCAUGUGUCAGAGUAAUUAUGUUAUUGAAGAAAGUGGGAAGGCACAGGACGUGACUAUCACUAAGGUUAUGGAUGUCAGUAACUGCAGGGAGAGAGCAGACAUGUACAGCGGAAUGGCUACUGCUGUGUUUGACAGCCUCGCCAGACAGAGUGGACAUUCUGUCAUUACAACAGUGAGAUAUGUUUACACAGUCAAACCAACAGGAGAGGGGGGUCUCAUUACUAGAGCUCACAGCGUAGAGCAGCAGGACUUCAGUCCCUUCAACGUGAAGGGCGGCAGUUUCAAGAUGCAUGCGACGAAGGAAAUUGCUCUGUGCAACGUGAGCGAAACAGCGAGUGCCAUCAUUUUCGGCCCAAUUGGAAGCAGGGGCAACCUUGUUUACAAAUUUGUCAAUGCCGAAGCUAAUGUCCCAAUCAUGAUGCAGGACCUGGCAAACCCUGUACCAAAGGCUAAAGAACUGAUUAAGCAUCUAGCUGAGGCUAAUAAUUACCAAAUUGACAGUGCAACAACUGAGGAUACUAUAAAGCUGUAUCAACUCCUGCGUGUGAUGCCAUAUGAAGGAUUAGAUGGUAUAUGGAAGCAAGUUAAAGAAACUGAAGAGCAUAGGCGCUGGUUUUUGGACAUGAUUGUUGAGGUCAGCGAUGCCAGAAUCCUCAAGUUCUUGGAAACGAGAUUUGAGGCUGGAGAUCUGUCUGCAUCUGAAGCUCUGCAGACCCUUCUGCUGGCGAUGAACCAUCUCCAGGCUAUCCCAGACCUGGUUGAGAAGGCUAAAAUGUUCCUGCACAUGCCCUUUAGUAAAUCCAAUAUCUAUCUGUGGCAUACUGUGGUGCUUUCCUAUGGCUCUCUGGUGUACAAGCACUGUGCAAAUUAUUCACCCUGCCCAGUAACUGCUGUUCAGCCUCUGCUGGACAUGGCCUUGGAGGGUCUGAAGAAUCACAGUGAGGCCGACAUGGUCCUCGCUCUGAAAGCUCUGGGGAACGCAGGCCACCCAGGCAGCAUUAAGACCAUCAUGCGCUUCCUCCCUGGUGUGGCCGCCACCCCUGUGGACCUGCCACCUCGUGUGCUGAGUGCUGCUGUGCAGUCGUUGAGACUUAUAGCUGCCAGAGAACCUCACAGUGUCCAAGAGAUCACCAUGAGCCUGUUCAUGCAGAAGAAUCUUCCCUCUGAGAUUCGCAUCUUGGCUUUUAUGAUCCUGUUUGACACUAAGCCAUCAGUGGCUCUGGUAUCCACAGUGACUGCACAUCUGGAAGAGAGCAAUGACCUCCAUGUUGUUAGUUUUGCAUAUUCCUACCUGAAAGGCUUAGCCAGAUCCGUUACUCCAGACAAUCACCUCCUCUCGACUGCCAGCAAAAUAGCCGUGAAAAUCCUGGCCCCUAAAUUUGGUCACCUCAGCUAUCGCUACAGCAAAGCACUGCACAUGGACUGGUUUAAUGAUGACUUCCUAUUUGGCACAGCCACAGAAGUCUUCAUGCUAAGAAGUGCAACAAGCAUGUUUCCCACUGAAUUCAUGAUGAAAAACAAGAUGUAUUUUAUCAGUAGAGUUCUGCAGCUACUAGAGUUGGGUUUCCAAAAUGAGGGAAUUAAGGAGCUGUUUGGCACCAGCAUCCCUGGAUUUAAAGGUGAUCUAAGUUUCAGUGACCUCCAGGCUAUUUUCAACGUGUUUAAAAACUUCGACAAUUUACCGAGUGAUAAGCCAGUCCUUUCUGCCUUCUCACGCGUCUUUGGACAAGAGUGGUUCUUUGCUGAUGUGAACAAAACAUUCAUUCAGAAUAUCAUCACGGCUGUUAGUGCUUCUGCAGGGAAAGAAAGUCCUCUGUGGGCUGUGAUCGAGAAUUUACAGAGGGGAGUUUCAUGGCAUUGGACCAAGCCAUUCCUGAUCGCUGAGGCUCGCUACUUCCAACCUACCAUCCUGGGUCUCCCCCUGGAGAUCAGCAAAUACUAUCAAGUCGUCAAUGGGAUCACUGUCAAAGCUAAAGCUGCAGUAAAUCCGCCUGUGACUCAACAUAUUGGACAACUCUUGACAUCUGAAAUUUCACUGGAAACUGAUGGCUUUAUUGGCUUCACAAAGGAUUUUUGGAUGUUCUAUGGGAUCAACACAGAACUGUUCCAGUGUGGCUCUGAGUUUAAGAGCAAAAUCCCUCUUGCUGUUCCAUGGAAGUUUGCUGCAAAGAUCAAUGUCCGAGAGAAGAAAUUUGAACUCGACUUCCCUGCAUGCAAAAACGACUUUGAACUCUUUUCGGUCAAAUCCAAUGUGUAUGCAGUCUCUAGGAAUAUUGUAGAGCCAGCUAUGGCUAAAAUAACCCCAAUCAUGUCGGACACUGCUAACUGCAAUGCUGAUCCUGACCAGACCAUGGCACCAGAAACCUGGCAUCCAAGAUCCACACUGUGUGCUGAGAGUUACAUUUAUGGAGCAGGUCUCUGUGUGGAAUCUGAGUUGAGGAGAGCAUCUUAUAAGGAGGAAUACCCCUUGUACUACUUCCUUGGUUACACCCACUUGGCAGUCAAAGUAGUCCCAGUUGAGGCCAUCAAGGCCAUUGAGAAAAUCCACUUUGACAUAAAUGCAAGCACACAUCCAAUGCCUGGACACCAACUGCUGGAGACUUUGAUGAGGUUUUCCAAGGAAUCUAUCCAGCGAGUACGCCGGUUCUCUGAUUCAGGCCCAGGCAUCAGAGGAUCCAGUCACAGGCACGACAACAGAAUGGAAGGCUUUGAUGCAACACCUGAAGCUGUGGUCAAUAUCAAAGCUUUGGCCAUGAGCGGUAAUCAGAAGCCCGAAGGUUACGAUGCAGUCAUGUACUACACACCUGAGGAAGACAUUCACAAAGCCCAUGUGAUUGUGUCUCAUGUUGGAGAAGCUACCAACUGGAAGAUGUGCAUCAACACCGCUGUGAACACACAUUCUGAAGCAAAGGCACAGCUCAGAUGGGGAGCUGAAUGUCAGUCAUAUGCAAUGUCACUGAAAGCUGCAACUGCACAUCUGCCUGGUUCCAAACCAGUACUUGAGGCCAAAGCACACUGGACCAGGAUCCCAGAAACUAUGGCAGAGAUGGGCAAAACAAUUGAAAGAUACAUCCCAGGCAUUGCUUUCCUUCUUGGCUUCUACCAGCAGCACGAGAGAAAUACCAAGCAGGAGGUUUCUGCAUCAGUGGUUGUUGCAUCAGCAGACAGUGCUGAUGUGAAGAUUAAAUUCCCAGAGUACACAGUCCACCACCAGGCCAUUACACUUCCACUGCCAGCUGCUGGUUUUCAUCCUGACACCAGAAACACAACAAUAACUCUAUUUCGAUGUGCAUAAAGCAUGAAGACAGCAAAACCCAGACGGGAGCCAGGCAUCUCUUUUCACAGUGAUAACACUGCAAGCACACUGUGAUGAAAGUGAAGAUUGUAAAAGAUGUAUCAGAAAUCCCUCUCAGUUUGGAAAUAACCUGUGAAGGUCCCAGUUUAUUAAUUUAUAAGUAUGUUAAUAUUUGAAUGCCCUCUUCUGGAGAAAUAUUGUGUAUAUUUGUGUUCCAUCUUCAUAAAACUGGCUUUACCAAAAUCCGUUUCAAUUGGUUUUGUGAUUUGUUCUGAGUCUGUCACUACAAAUUCUGUUUAUCCAACGUUGUGCCGAAUAUGUGUGCCUCAUGAUUAAAAUAGAGAGAAGGCUCCUUCU